AUGACCACCGCCGCGGUCAUCAUCCUGCUCGCAUCGCUCCUCCCGGCGCUAGCCGCCGGAACAGAUAGCCGCUCGCCCGCCGCUGACUACGGCUUGGCCCUCACGCCCAGUGACAAGUGCGGCAUCGUCCUGCCCGUAGCCGUGGGCACGUACGACAUGGGCACGUACGCUCCGGGCAGCGCGUACGAGACCAACCUGCGCCAUCUCGUCGCCACCAUUCCCACCAAGGCGAAUGCGGAAUCCAGCGGCUACUCUUAUUACAGCGAAUCCUGCAGCGACUCUUAUUCCGGGGAAUCCCGCAAUUGCUAUUACGGCAACAUCGCCGGCGAUAGCCCCAACCGGAUUGUGGCCUCCGCCGACUGCUCAGGGCACCCGGACGCCAGGUCGCCGGACUGCGGCGCUUGCAUCGCGCUGGCCUUCCAGGAGGCGCAGAGGCUGUGCCCGUUCCAGAGGAUGGCUGAGGCCGCGGUUGGCGACGGCGCGUGCAACUGCAGCGCACACUUCCACGACUACGACAUCAUGGAGCAGUUCCAACACGGCGACCGCAGUAGUGAUCCUCGGUGGAACACAUCGGACCAGGUUGUCGUGGGUGUUGUUGCGGAAAAUGAGGAGAACAUCACGAGACUGAAAUGGGCAUGCCGUACCUUGGAGACAACAAUCAUGGAGAUCUUAGCAAACCUUGGGUGGAUGUCUAAUAGAAGAAUUUGUGCCUAG